GGUUUACGAUUGUUUUGGAGGUUGAUUCAAAAUGGAGUAGAGCUCCAAUGUCUGUGUAAAACCUCGCAGCAUAUUUGCAUCUUAUUGUUGCAUCCAGGUUAACCUGUUUGUACUAAUAAGUAAAGUACGACCCUCAGGACCAUGACGGAAGAAAAGAAGUCCAGCUCUUUAGGUUUCUUUUCGAGCUACGAUGAUUUAAGCGACAGCAGCGAUAGCAGCGACUCAGACGAGGAGGGAGAAAGUCGUAAGAAGACGAGCCAGAAAUCCGGCAAAGAUGCUAAGGACGGCGGUGCUCAGGAACACGGAACCAAACGUUCGUCCUCUGGGGCUCCUUUACCUAAACCGGACGAGCUGUUUGGAUCUGUGUCCAAGCCGGCUUUUCUCUACAACCCGCUGAAUAAGCAGAUAGACUGGGACAAUCUGAUGGUCAAAGCUCCCGAAGAGCCUCCCAGAGAGUUUAAGCCAUGGAAGACAAAUGCUGUACCACCUCCUGAGAGCUACGCUGCAGAGCCAGAGAAGAAGAAGGGUCCUCCUCCGGGCAUGGAUAUGGCUAUAAAGUGGUCCAAUGUGUAUGAGGACAACGGGGAAGAUGCACCACAGGCUUACACUGGCAAUGCAAAGUUCCUGCCUACAGAGGAGCAACUGUCUGACUCAGAUGAGGAAUCGGAGAAACCAGGCGUGUCUGUCAAGAAGCGUCGAGUGGAAACCUUUCAGCAGAAGGAGAAGAGGAAGAGGGACUUGGGACAAGCCACCUCUGACAAGAAUUUUGUAGAGGAGGAAAAGCGGAUCCUCAGACAAAAGAUAGAGUGACGUAGAACUGCCUGAAGUAAGGCAUUAGUAUCUAAUUUCAAUAUUUAUGUUAGGCAAAAACUGAAUGAGCUGAAAGUGGUGAACUGCAAACAGUGACUGAUAUUUCAGGAGUAUGUUGACCUGAUUAUCAAUAUUCUGUUUUCCAAAUUAAAAUGAAUUUGUGUUUCUUUUUCUUUUUUUUUUAACCUAAACAGUUGAUCUGAAACAGUAGAGAACUCCUCUGUUUGAAGUCUCGAGCUUCUAAACUACCAAAAAGAUAUUGCUUUAGGUUGUUAUGUUUACAUUUCUUUUGUACCAUUGGGCAUAAGUUGCAAUGCAAAAUUGUCUCACAAAACUUUGUAGCCUGUUUUGGCCAGAUUUAAGCAUAUUGUGGUGUUUUAUUGUUAAAUUUGGUCAUGUCAGUUUUUACUCACCUGCUGUUGUUUCCAGUAGGUCUGUUGUAGUUAUUUCGACUGAUUGGGAUUAUUUCAGAUGAUGUGAUUAUUUUGAAUAAUAGUCAUAAUCGUUUCCGUUCAACUUUGUAAAAACAGACCCAAGAGUGUUUUUUUGUUUCCAUCACUGUUUCCGCAUCAUUUUGACUGGGGGGAUUUUUUUAACAUUUAAUUUAAUUUACUUUUUAUUGUUAUUUUUGAGAAAAAACAACACAAAUACAAACAGCAGGGGAAGAAUCCAAAAUUCAAGUAACAUUUUUGGCUGGGGGCAUUUUUAAUGGCAUCAUCUUAUUCCACCUCCUUCCUCUGGUAAUUUAACACCACCAGAGUGGAGAAUUGGCACCACCAACUGUUAAUCUGGAGGUGCUUCAGUUUUUCAUCUACAAACACAUGCAUUUUGAUGAGCAAUUUUGGUUACAACAUCUAAAAGACAAACAGAUUAACAGUCAUUUAUAUGUGUAUUCUGACGUUUUAUUCCAAUCAAUGUCUCUUCUUUGUUCUUAAGAUACAUGUAUAUUAUUAAACUCUUGUUAAGAUUACGUAUCCACGCCCACAUGAAUUUCCAGUUUCAAUGAUUAGUUUUUUACUAACAUGUCAUGAUGGUGACAGCCCUAGACUUAUUUAACUGCUCUGAACUGUAUUUUUAAGUGUUGGAGCCACAGCAGGUGAAUAAAAAUGCUUUCAUGACUGAACUGAAGAUUGUUUUAGUGCACUGUUUUAUUUUUACAUAAGACUAUCUGCCAUGUGUCUUUCCUGGUAAGACACAUUGAACAUUGGUAUUAAACUUACUAACUAAAACCUAACAUCAGAGUGACAUCUACCCUUGGCUGUUUGUGUGAUAUUUGCAUUUUAUUCUAGGCUUUUGUGUAAAUAUGGAUUCACCGCUGGUUGUUGACUGUGCUUAUGUUGUGUUAAUGCAGUUGCUCUUCAUUUAAAAUGUGAGUGUAAGUGUAAUUCUGUUGAAAUUAAAAUGUAAAAAGUUGCUUGUUCUUCCUGCUCAUGGGCGCUAGGUGUCGCCUUUGAGCUACACUAGAAUUCACCCUGUUUUCAGUGAAAUCUACUGCACAGACCUGUCUGUGUAAAUGCUGGGACCCUUAAUCUCAACUAGAGUCUGUGUUCAGUGUUUUGUUGUAGCGAGUGUCAUUUUUCAAUCAGGGAGUCUCAUCUCAGUUUUCUUGAGAUAUUUACACAUACAGACUGUUUAUUCAGUCUAAUGUACUGUGUGUCACACUUAACAGCACAGGUAAAGAAUUAAAUAACUCGGUUUAUCACCUUCCAAGUUGUCUUGUAGAGAUUUUGGAACAUAUCAGUGUUUUAAUGACUUUUAUUUCACUCAACAGAUCAGUAUGAACCUUAUAUGGAUACUUUUGUAGUUUGUUUUCGAUGAGAUGUAUCACUGAGAAGGCAAUAAAAGAUAUUUUACUGUA